GAACAAAGGCAAGAACUAAAACCCAAAUAUAGUAAUAAUAAUAGGAAAAAAAAAAAAAAGAAAACAGAGCCGAUGGCUUUUGCUUUCUCUCGCCAACGCAGAGGCAAAGAGAAACCGAAAAAAGCGUGAGUUGGGGUUUUGAUUCUCUGCUAUUCGCUUCCUUAUAAUGGCGGUGCGUCGACAUUGUUUCUCGGCUGUUCCUUUCUAGCAAAAAGAAGAAGAAACGGUGCUCUUGUUUUCUUUGUUCUUUUAGGAGGAAGAAGAAAAGAUGCAGAGGCGGAGGCGGAGAGUGGUGGUGCUGCUGAGGAAGGUCCUAAUGUGCGCCACAUGCACAAUAGCGUUGGUAGGACUGCUCUCCGGCCACGUGCACGUGUUCCCUUCUUCUAGAGUCUCCGACUUCUCUGAUCUUUACAAGCUCCCUACCUUCACUCAACAACGUGAAUUUAAUUACCAAAAGUUAAGUAGAGAGAAAAAGUGGACGCACGAGCUGGCUCCGCCCCAUUUAUCGAAAGAGCAGGCCCCGCCGCAUCUUUCCAAAGCUCCUCCUUCAUCUCACAAGUUGAAUGGUGCCAGUGGAAAUCUGGAUUUUGAAAAGUUGUGGAAGCCGCCUGCAAAUCGUGAUUUUGUGCCCUGCGUACAGCCUAGUUCUAAUUAUACAGCCCCUGAUGAGUCAAGAGGUUACCUUCUGGUUCAUACAAAUGGUGGGCUCAACCAAAUGCGAGCUGGGAUAUGCGACAUGGUAGCUGUAGCCCGCAUAAUAAAUGCCACUCUUGUAGUUCCUGAACUCGAUAAACGAUCAUUUUGGCAGGAUACUAGCAAUUUCUCUGAUGUUUUUGAUGAGGACCAUUUUAUUAAUUCUCUGGCUAAUGAUGUUAAAGUCAUAAAAAAGCUUCCCAAGGAAUUGUCUUCAGCUGCCAAAGUAGUUAAGCAUUUUAGAAGCUGGUCUGGUUUGGAGUACUACCAGGAUGAGAUAGCUACCCUGUGGGAAGAAUAUCAGAUUAUUCGAGCUGCUAAAUCUGAUUCUCGUCUAGCAAAUAACAAUCUCCCUCCAGAUAUACAGAAGCUUCGUUGUCGUGCUUGCUAUGAAGCACUUCGUUUUGCACCCCAAAUUGAAGCAAUGGGGAAAUUGUUGGUGGAACGAAUGAGGUCUUAUGGUCCUUUUAUUGCAUUGCAUUUACGGUAUGAGAAAGACAUGCUUGCCUUUAGUGGAUGCACACAUGGUUUAUCUAAUGUUGAAGCUGAAGAGCUAAAGACAAUCAGAGAAAACACUGUCUAUUGGAAAAUCAAGGACAUUGAUGCCAGGGAGCAGAGAUCCAAAGGAUAUUGCCCCUUAACCCCAAAAGAGGUCGGAAUUUUUCUCACUGCUCUUGGAUACCCGUCAAACACCCCUAUAUACAUUGCUGCUGGAGAGAUAUAUGGGGGUGAUACUCAUAUGGCUGAUCUACAGUCUCGCUAUCCCAUUUUAAUGAGUAAGGAAAAAUUGGCGUCUGUUGAGGAGCUUGAACCAUUCACCAAUCAUGCAUCUCAAAUGGCGGCACUUGAUUACAUUGUAUCUGUUGAAAGUGAUGUCUUCAUUCCAUCGUACUCUGGAAACAUGGCGAGAGCAGUUGAAGGGCAUCGUCGUUUUCUGGGACAUAGGAAAACUAUUUCUCCUGACAGGAAAGGACUCAUCCGUCUGUUUGACAAAAUUGAGAAGGGGUUAUUGAAGGAAGGCAGAAAGGUUUCCAAUCGGAUUAUUGAAAUCCACAAAAAACUGCAAGGGUCUCCAAGGAGGAGAAGAGGUCCUGUCUCAGGAACAAAGGGCAUGGAUAGGUUUCGUUCAGAAGAAGCCUUUUAUGUAAAUCCGCUGCCAGAUUGUUUGUGCAGGAGGGUAUCACAGAAUGUGAAUGCAUCUAUCAGUGUCAGAUAGAUGAGAUUCUGUAGAGCGAUUGCUUUGAUUGAAGAUCCCCUACGUUGUUGUUUAGUAGCUCCUUAUUGAAUGUUAUCCAUCAAUUGGAGAUCUUCAAGCUAGCGGUGCUACUAAAAGAAGGGGACGCGGACUGUGUAUAUCUUUAGUUUUAGGAAAUUGGUUCCAAUUCAAUACAUAGACGGGGGAGGACAAUGGGUUAGGGGCUGCAUUUUGAUACAUGUAUAGGAUGAAACCCAAGCCAGGAAAUUCACUUGCUCUUGAGAAGUCUGCUAGGUUUCUACAAUGCUAUAGGCGAUUCAUUGGGCUCGUUAUAAUUGUACGCCACUGCAUCUUCAAGAAAUAAUUGCUCUCUUCCAUCUAUUGAUAUUUCAUUUGGCAAUUGAUUAAAAUAAUAGUGAAACCAUAUUAAAGUUGCUCUUUUUAACCCUUUCAUUUUGCAACCCCUGCAUUCUGCAAGUGAGUUCUGAUGAUUUACAUUUAAUUUUAAAGUGCUGAACGCUUUAGACAUGAUGAGCUCGCCGUGGGGACUGGGGUUAAACACCGAUUGUAAUUGGUCAGUUGUUUAACCCGAAGAGUAUGUAGGAUCCAGAUCUGGGCCAAGGGUAGCCCAAGGCAGAUGCAGACUCGUUUCUAAUUUCUGUGGCUUUGGAAUAGCAAUCAGGGCCGUGAGUGGUCGGAUGCUAUAAUUCUAACGAAGUCGGCCCACGCACACAAUAAGAAUCAACCAUCAGGAAUUGAAGAUAGAGAGGAACAAGGAUAACACAAAAUCAUCGACUCUCAUGCAUGCUCCACACGUACCCUCCUCUCGGGGCCCCUUAC